AUGUCAGUCGAAAAUCCUGCUUUUAUUCUUAAGUCAGUCAAGAACGUCGUCUUUGAGAACAGACCUAUCAAGCCUUUGCAACCAAAAGAGGUGAGGGUCCAUAUCAACCAGACAGGUAUCUGUGGAAGCGAUGUUCACUACUGGCAGCGUGGCCGUAUUGGGAAGUUCGUUAUGAAAGAUGGUAAAGACAUGGUGUUGGGCCAUGAACUGUCUGGUACAGUCGUUGAGCUUGGUUCUGAAGUUACUACUUUGAAGAAGGGCGACCGUGUAUCUGUUGAACCCGGUGUUCCUUGUCGUUACUGUGAUCUUUGCCGUGAUGGAAAGUAUAACAUGUGUGAAGAUAUGGUCUUUGCAGCUACUCCUCCAUGGGAUGGAACCUUGCAACGCUUUUACAAUGUUGCAUAUGACUACUGCUACAAGAUCCCUGAUACUAUGGACAUGGAAGAAGCUGCACUUGUUGAACCAGUCACAGUUGCUGUUCAAGCUUGCAAAAGAGCUAAACUCAAAGGUAGGGACUUUGUUGUGGUGUUUGGUUGCGGCCCAAUUGGUUUGUUAUGCCAGGCAGUAGCCAAAGCGCUUGGUUGCAAAAAAGUUAUUGGCGUGGACAUUUCUGAUGGCCGUUUAGAAUUUGCGAAGACUUUCGGAGCCGAUGGAGUCUUUAAAAUGCCAACGAAGAAAGAUGAUGAAGGCGCCGAGGACUAUUCUAAGCGGGUGUCUGCAUUGAUCAAAGAAGAAUUCGAUAUUGGUGAAUGCGGUGCAGAUGUUAUCUUAGAAGCCACGGGCGCUGAACCAUGUAUCCAAACUGGUGUCUUCUUGGCAAGACAUGAAGGCAGAUUUGUUCAGACAGGCAUGGGCAAGGAAUUUGUUAGCUUCCCUGUUACCGAAGCUCUUGUCAAGCAACUUAACUGGACUGGCACUAUUAGAUAUUCUACUGGCUGUUAUCCAACUGCUGUGGAUUUGGUUGCUUCAGGCAAGAUCGACGUGAAGAGACUCGUUACUAAUAGGUUCAAGUUCGAGGAGGCGGAGAAAGCUUUUGACUUGGUCAAAGAGGGAAGAACCGAUGUCAUCAAGGUUAUGAUUGAGGGUGUUACAGAUGAGACAAAGAUUUAG